GAGGGGAAAAAAAGAGGAAGAAAUCCACGUAGCCUCUCUUGCGUCACAGUCGCACGGCCGUGUAAUGUCCUCAAUGUAUAACGUUACGCUUUUUUGAUGAAACGCUGCAUGCAAUUAAGCCGAUAGCGGUGUUCGCAGUGGCGGGGUAACGCGGAACAACCCACAUCGGUCCCGUUUGCUGAAAGGGAGGAGAGAGGACUAUAAAAUGGAGCUGGAAGACGGAGUUGUGUACCAGGACGACCCGGGGACAUCAGCGAUGAUGUCUGAGCGGGUAUCGGGCCUGGCCAACUCCAUCUACCGCGAGUUCGAGAGGCUCAUCGGUAAAUACGACGAGGAUGUGGUGAAGGAGCUGAUGCCGCUGGUCGUGGCGGUGCUGGAGAACCUGGACUCGGUGUUCGCGGAGAACCAGGAGCACGAAGUGGAGCUGGAGCUGCUGAAGGAGGACAACGAGCAGCUCAUCACCCAGUACGAGCGGGAGAAAGCGCUGAGGAAACAUGCAGAAGAGAAGUUCAUCGAGUUUGAGGACACGCAUGAACAGGAUAAGAAGGACCUGCAGAACCAUGUGGACAGAAAGGAGUCCCAUUUGCGGCAACUGGAACUCAAGAUCAAGAACUACGCAGACCAGAUCGGCAGGUUAGAAGAACGUGAGCUGGAGCUCAAGAGAGAAUACAACUCCCUCCAUCAGCGACACUCAGAGAUGAUCCAUAACUACAUGGAGCAUGUGGAAAGGAUAAAAAUGCAGCAGAUAAGUGAGACUUCAGAGUCAAGCGCGGUCGGUCGAAUCAGGAGAGAGCGGCCUCUUUCUUUGGGCAUCUUCCCAUCACCCAUCGGAGCAUCUCUGUUAAUCCCCGACUCCCAGGCCAGGGCAGAGACACCGGGCACAGAGGGCUGGAGAUUCACUGACCCAGCGCGGUCCAACACUAGCCUCAAGCAGUUGGACUUUGUCGACCCCCCAAAGGCAAGGGAGGGUAAGAGUGUGCAGGACUCUACUUGGGGGAAAUCACUGGCAGAUGACUGCAAGGAUGAGUUGUCGGACUUCACCGGCUCCAAGUCGGCCACGCCAAUAACCACCACAGGCACGGAGAAGGGAGAUGGGAACAGUAAGAGCACGGAGGUGCAGGCUGCACCGGGGACCAGGUCCAUAUCAGUGGGUUUGCCUGAGAAUGAGGAGAGCUCAGAAGUGCAGGACAUCAUUGAGACCACCCCUGAGCUGGACAUGGAUGCCAUUGGAUACAAACCCGGCAGUACUCCUACUAAAGGCAUUGAGAACUUGGCAUUUGACCGAAACACAGAGUCUCUGUUUGAAGAGCUGUCUUCUGCAGGCACAGGGAUCAUAGGGGAUGUGGAUGACGGGGCCGACCUGCUGGUGGAGUACUCUGACCUUAGUUUGAUUGGAAUGGGCCGGGAAGUUGAAAAUCUCAUUCAGGAGAAUUCACAGCUGCUUGAGACAAAGAAUGCUCUGAACGUGGUGAACAAAGACUUGAUAUUGAAGGUGGACGAGUUGACCUGUGAGAAGGAGAUGUUAGAUGGAGAGAUGGAGGCUGUGCUGCAGGCCAAGACCAAGCUGGAGGACAAGAACAAAGAGAUGGAGGAGGAGCUCAAAAAAGUGCGACUGGAGAUGGAGGAAGUGAAACACAAAACUAAAGAGGAGGAAGAUAGUGAUGUACCUACAGCCCAGAGGAAGCGCUUCACCAGAGUGGAAAUGGCCAGAGUGCUGAUGGAAAGGAACCAGUACAAAGAGAGACUGAUGGAGCUACAAGAAGCUGUGCGGUGGACGGAGAUGAUCAGGGCCUCGAGAGAAAAUCCAGCACUCGCAGAAAAAAGGAAAUCCAGCAUCUGGCAGUUCUUCAGCAGACUGUUUAGCUCCUCCACCAGUUCCCCAGCUAUAAAGAAGGUGGAGUCCCAGUCCAACAUCAAAUACAACGCCCCGGGCAGCAUGGUCAAGAGGAGCAGCACCUUCUCCCAGUUCCCAACAGAGAAGUCAAAGACGUUUGACUUCCUUAAUGAAGAAAAGGACCAGUGCAGCUCGCCAUCGCGUAAAGAGCAGAAGAGAGCCCAGUACAGGCAGGUCAAGGCCCACAUGCAGAAGGAGGAUGGACGAGUCACUGCACACGGCUGGAGCCUGCCCAGCAAAUACAAGGUGGCAAAUGGUGAACAAGUGGAGAACAAAAUGAACCUACCUGUACCAGUAUACUUGAGACCUCUGGAUCAGAAAGAUGCUUCUAUGAAGCUGUGGUGUGCUGCAGAGGUCAACCUAUCUGGCAAAAAGACAUUACCAGAGCUCAUGAAACAGACGAAGGGUUCUCAGAGUAGUCUGGACCAGUUAGAGCAAGAGAGUAAGGAUCAGGAGAAAGGGGAGAAGGAGCUGGUCCUUCAGGAUCAGUUCUCCAGUAGGGUGUGGGUGUGCACCAGCACCCACUCCUCCACCAAGGUUAUGGUGCUGGACGCUAUUCAGCCCUCUGACUUACUCGACAGCUUCUACGCCUGCAACACUCACGUUGUCUGCAUUGCCAGCGUGCCAGGUGUGUUGGAGACUGAUUAUUCGGCAGGUGAAGAGGUACCACAAGACCCGGAGGCUAGCCAAGGUGACGGGGUGUCACUGGCCGGCAGUGUGGCCAGUGUGGGCUCAACGGGCAGCGAUGGUGCCAUGGCAGCAGAGGGGACCACCGCCAUUCCCCAGACAGCCAUUGCAGGUGUCACCGAUCAGCCGCCUGAGCACAGUGGCAUCUCUAGCUCAGUUGAGCUGUCCAGAGAGACCAGUCCAGCAGAAGACAACGUUCCUACGGCGGAAGAGGCAACGGAAGCAACGGAGGCUAACGCUGGCGUGGGCGAAGAAGGAGAGGAGGACCAGGGAGCGGAUCCAAACCCGCCAGGAAUCUACACGGAGCAUGUGUUCACCGACCCACUGGGGGUGGGACCCACUGACUCCCCUUCUGCUCAUGCACAGAGGGGCUGCGGACAUGAUGGCGAGACUUCCUUUCCAGACGACUCGGACCCAUCCGAUGGGGAAGUCCUGAGGAUGAGCAGCGCACUUCCCACCAUGUGGCUGGGAGCUCAGAAUGGAUGUCUUUAUGUGCACUCGUCUGUGGCUCGAUGGAGGAAGUGUCUUCAUGCCAUCAAGCUGAAAGACUCCAUCCUCAGCAUAGUGCACGUUAAAGGGAGAGUCCUGGUAGCUUUGGCUGAUGGGACAUUAGCAAUUUUUCACAGAGGCAUUGACAGUCAGUGGGAUUUAACCAACUAUCACCUGUUGGAUCUGGGCCGGCCUCACCACUCUAUCCGCUGUAUGACAGUAGUCCAUGACAAGGUGUGGUGCGGUUACAGAAACAAGAUCUAUGUCAUCCAGCCGAAGGCCAUGAGGAUAGAGAAGUCGUUUGAUGCUCAUCCUCGCCGGGAGAGUCAAGUGCGGCAGCUGGCCUGGGUUGGAGACGGUAUCUGGGUGUCCAUCCGACUGGAUUCAACUCUACGCUUGUUUCACGCCCACACCUACCAGCACCUCCAGGACGUGGACAUCGAGCCCUACGUCAGCAAGAUGUUGGGUACGGGUAAACUGGGCUUCUCCUUUGUGAGAAUCACAGCUCUGGUGGUGUCCUGCAGCCGCCUCUGGGUAGGGACAGGAAACGGGGUCAUCAUCUCCAUCCCGCUCUCUGAAGCCAACAAGACAACGGGAAUAGUGCCAAAUCGGCCCGGCAGUGCUGUACGGGUUUACGGUGAUGACGGUUCAGACUGUGCCAUGCAAGGCCGCUUUGUGCCCUACUGCUCCAUGGCCCACGCCCAGCUGUGUUUCCAUGGACAUCGAGAUGCUGUCAAGUUUUUUGUCACAGUACCAGGUCAGGCGAUGCCUCCUCCAGGCAGUGCAGAUUCAGGCUCCGAUGACCCUCCAUCUGAAUCCUCUGACACGGCAGCCUCUGAGUCUAAAACAUGCCUGGUCAUGAGUGGAGGCGAAGGCUACAUUGACUUCCGAAUGGGUGAUGAAGGCGGCGAGUUGGACAGUUUAUCAGAGUCAACAGCCAGCCAGCAGUCCCCACCCACCAAGGCCGAGCAGAGCCACCUCAUUGUCUGGCAGGUCACAGCCUCCCAUGAUUGAACAAAACAAAUCAGACUGUUGUGUCAACGCCAAGGUCUGCAUGUCCUUCUCAAAGUUUUUAAUUUGAUAUUAUUGAUUCUUCUUAAUGCCUGAGUAGUUGACUACUUUGCAAAAGAAAACAAUUAUUUUUAGUCCAUGUUUUGUACAGUUUAUUCUUUAGGAAUAUGAAUUUGAAUUAGAUAAGGUGAAGUUUAUGUUUAACUUUAAGAAUCCGUCCAAGUGUUCCCUUCUGCUGGGUUUGAGAGCCGGUGCGCACUAGAAAAAGGCCUCGUUAACUCAACUGAAGUUGUGGGCAUAGUUUGAUCAGGUAAAGUAUGGAAGUCGGUCUCCCAAAUGUUAAAGAGAUGUGAAAGAUAAAAACGGGAAAAGCGCUUAAAGCAGUUUGACAGUCAUUGAAAAGGAGCAGAAGUAUAUUUUAUAUGACACACAUAAGACUUUUACAUUUGUAAACCACAUGUAUGUAUGUGUGUGUGUGUGUGUGUGUGUGUGUGUGUGUGUGUGAACAUCAGGUGUGUGUGUAUGCAUUCACUGAGCAUUUUUAGGGCUGGGUGUCAAAAUAUGUUACCUACAAGUCAAAAUGUAUUCAAAAUUUCAAAAGGUUAAAUUGAUUGAGUGUGUUGACAGAGGCUAAUUACUCUACUGUAUGGUCUGAUUAUUAGAGAAGCUGCUUGCACGUACCAGUGUUUUAUUAAAUGUGCUUUUAUUCAUCAAAAGUUGUAGGAUAAAACACUUUGAGAGGUUGUAUUAAUAUUGAAUGACACCGAGCCCUAUUUGCCACAGGUUUAUGUUUUAUGACAUGAAUAAAUGUCCAAGCAGUUUGGGUCCUGCUACUGAUCAGAAGAACCGGCCUACUGUACUUCAGGUUAGCAUUAGCCUGCGUGGGGAAAGCCCGUAUCCUCGUCCAAGUGUGUGUGUGUGUGUGUGUGUCUGCACGGACGUUUUAAAGCUAAACCGUCGACUGUCGUGUGAAGAAAAUCUGCCUGUGCCACCAGCUUGGUGCUUCUUGUUUGCUUCAGCUCAUUGGCACUUUAAAAUGUUAGAUGUUAGUCGCUUGAGGUUUGGAAGAACACCCGUGGUAAUGUACACUACAACACUGUGCGCUCGCCUUAUGAAGGGAACAAAAUGUACAAAUAUCUGUAGCGAUGCGUCACCCCAGUAACCAAAGGACGAAAGAAGAAGCACCGUGAAACUGACUAUUUCAUUAUUUUCAUCUUUUCCGACAUAAAACGUUGUGUCAGUCUAAUAAUUUGAGGGUAUACAUGUGUAUAUUCAGGGCUUGAAUAAGGAAAUCCGACUAAAAAAAUAUCAUUUUUGUGUGUGGCACCUACUAAUGGUCAUGCACUAAAGGGAGUCUCUCCUGAUUGCUUCAUCAUUCCUUCUUUUGUUGUUACAAAUAUAUUUUGAGGCCUGGAAGCCAAUUAUUGUCAUUUUAUUUGGUUAUUUUGGGCGUUGCUUGUGUUUUGAAUUCAUGUGUGAGACUUUUAUUCAGUAUUUCCAUGAUGACUGUAACAGAUAGCAGGAUACCAACAUUAAGCAGGUGUUUCAAUUUGUUUUUAUAUCUGAAAAGUUGGGCCAAGAUUGGUCUUCAAUCCAUUUAAAAAUAGUAAUUUCUAUUUUGUUUUUGCCAUUCCAGUAUUUAUUUCCUUUGUUAACGAGCCUAUCGGGGUUCAGAAUGUAACGUUCUACAUGAACAAAAUAAAUUGGGAGGCCAUUGUAAACAAAAUAGUCCAAUGAGUUUACGUGAUUGUUAAUGAUGGUCAAAUAAAAGAAAUCAAUGUAAUCAUGUCGGACAUUUUUGAUCAACCAUGAAAUCAAAGUGUGCAAACAAUAACUUGAUGGUUUCAGAACAACACAUUCAUGUACUAAGCUAUGCAUGUUUUUUUUUGUUUUUUUUAAAAAGGACACUGCUAUGUUUUCAGCUAAAUCAGAUUAUUGCCACCGUUUUGGGUGGGGUGGAUGUCUAUCCGUGUGUUUGUGUGUACAGUACAUGUGUAGGAGCUCGAACGCAAGACAUUUGUCCGUGUGUGUUUGAUUUUUGGAAAUUUGUGGUGUAUGUUUGCUCACUGUAUGUUCAUCUGUAACACUUCAGAGACUGGUCAGAUUUACCUGUUGCACCGGGCUUCUCUGGACGUGGUUCCUCCUGGUCAAUGUUUGCUAAAACAGCAUCAUAGCCUUAUUUUUAACAAUCUAUUAAACUCAAUUUCAUGGACACGUU